AUGUCUAACUUAUCGGACGAGAAACUCCCCACAGAUUCUGAAUUGCAAAAACAGGAUAGUGACAUCCUCCGCGACCCCAGUGUGAUCUCCAAUGACAUUGAUGAUGAGGGUAGAGAAUUGCCAUCUGAAGAGGAAAUGAAGACCUUGAGACAUGUCUCUGGCAACAUCCCCUUAAGAUGUUGGUUAGUUGCAAUUGUCGAAUUGGCAGAAAGAUUCUCCUACUAUGGUUUAUCUGCUCCAUUCCAAAACUAUAUGCAAAACACUCCAGAAGAUUCACCAAAGGGUAUCUUGGGUUUGAAUCAGCAAGGUGCUACAGCAUUAUCAUACUUCUUCCAAUUUUGGUGUUACGUUACCCCAAUCUUUGGUGGUUGGUUGGCUGAUACUUACUUGGGAAAAUUCAAUACCAUCUUUGUUUUCUGUAUUGUCUACAUCAUUGGUAUCUUCAUUUUGUUCAUUACAUCCAUUCCUGCCAUCACCUCUAAGACGACUGCUACUGGUGGUUUUAUUGCUGCUAUUAUCAUAAUUGGUUUUGCAACCGGUGGUGUCAAGUCUAACGUUUCCCCAUUAAUUGCCGAUCAAGUUCCAAAGGUAAAACCACACAUCAAGGUUUUGAAAUCUGGAGAAAGAGUCAUUGUCGACCCUCACAUCACUAUCCAGAAUGUUUUCAUGUUCUUCUACCUUAUGAUUAAUGUUGGCUCUUUGUCAGUCAUCGCUACCACUCAAUUGGAACAUCACGUUGGAUUCUGGGCUGCCUACUUGUUGCCAUUUUGUUUCUUCUUCAUCGCUCUUGCUGCUCUUGCCUUGGGAAGAAACCAAUACAUUAAGACCCCUGUCAGUGACAAGAUCGUCAACAAGACCUUCAAGUGUGCCUGGAUUGGUUUGAGAAACGGUUUUAACUUGGAAGCUGCCAAGCCAUCCAACAACCCAGAGAAGAAUUACCCAUGGAGUGACAAGUUUGUUGAAGAAGUCAGAAGAGCCAUUUACGGUUGUAAGGUGUUUGUCUUUUACCCUAUCUACUGGGUCACCUAUGGACAAAUGACUAACAAUUUCAUUUCUCAAGCUGGUCAAAUGGAAUUGCAUGGCUUGCCAAACGAUAUUUUGCAGGCAAUUAACUCGAUGUCGAUUAUUGUAUUUAUCCCUAUUUGUGAAAGAUUUGUUUACCCAUUCAUCAGAAGAUUCACUCCUUUCAAGGCUAUCACAAAGAUCUUCUUUGGUUUCAUGUUCGCUACAGGUGCUAUGGUCUAUGCCGCCGUCUUGCAACAUUACAUCUACCAGGCUGGUCCAUGUUACAACUUUCCAAAAGCUUGUGCACCUGAGUUCAAGACUGUUCCAAACCACAUUCACGUUGCCAUUCAAGCUCCUGCUUACUUCUUGAUUGCCAUGUCAGAAAUUUUUGCCUCCGUUACUGGUUUGGAAUAUGCCUACACAAAGGCUCCAGUUUCCAUGAAGUCGUUUAUCACUUCUCUCUUUUUGGUUACAAACGCUUUCGGAUCUGCUCUUGGUAUUGCUUUGUCAUCCACUUCUGAAGAUCCAAAGAUGGUCUGGACCUACACUGGUUUGGCAACUGCCUGUUUCAUUGCUGGGUGGAUCUUUUGGUUCUGCUUCAAGCACUACAACUACAAGGAAGAUGAAUUCAACAGGUUGGAAUACGCAACAGAAGAAGAAUACAAAAAGCCUACCCUCGAUGGUCUUCAGCCAAUUCCUUCUGCUAAUUCAUACAAGGGACUUGCUUAGUACUUCCCGCAUGCGUCGUACUUAUUUAUACACAUAUAUACUAUAUUCGUAACACCGACUUGUGUUUAAUAGUCAGAGAUCUUAAUGCAUUCAUGAUUGAAAUUUUAG